AUGGCAAAGCUAGGUAAUGAGUCAGCUAAGUGAGUGAUCGAAUGACUUUGGAAGGGGCUGUUGGAGGUCGAGGCGCUUUCAAGAGGUGAAUUUUGGGUGCCAACGAUGGCCGAAUUUUCUUGCUGGCUUUGAGGUCUCAAUCGGGAGGUUGUGGCAAUGAGCUUGAUCAGGCAAUGCUAAGUCAUUACUCCCUUGUCUUCCCUUUCAACUCGUCCAUCAGAGCCGAGCUCGGCAGGGCAACGUGGAAAUUUCUGCACACCAUGACACUGCGCUUCCCAGAUGAGCCAAGCGCAUCAGAUAGAGAGGCAUUGCUGAGUUUCUUCCAUCUCUUCAGUCGGCUAUACCCUUGCGGUGAGUUUCUCGUCCUGAGGCUCGGACCGGCGCAGCGACGCUGACAGCUUCUUUGAUGUCCGACAGGGGAAUGCGCGGAGCAUUUUCAGCAGCUCUUGAGAGACUUGCCUCCUCAAACGAGCUCAAGGUUGGCAGCGGCGGGUUGGCUCUGUGCGGCUCACAAUCGGGUCAACGCAAGAUUAGGCAAGGCGGAAUUUCCCUGCGACAAGGUCAGCAUCGCGCAGCGAUAUCAAAGGCUUGCGACAAUUUGAAAUUUGUAUGCUAUUGCGUUGCACGCUGACGUUUCAUCUCGUCUAUUGUUUUGUAGCUCGACGAGACAUACGACUGCGGGUGCGGUGCUCCCAAAAAGACAUCCAAAGUUCCGCCUACCCUGAUACAUCCAGGGAAAGCGGACGCGAAGGCCAAUCACUCGCAAGCAAGCGAAGACUGGGGCGAAGGCGGAAAGGAUUACGUUCCGCACAGAGGCGGUCGACCUUUGGGGGGCUGA